AUAUUGCAUUAAACACAUCCUUUAUGGAGAUUUGGAGAAAGCACUUAUUAUCUUCCUUCUUCGACAUAGGUCAAGUUUAGGUGGAAGGAAAACAAGAAGAGCUUUUAUUAUUACUGUGUAAUGAAAGAUAUCUCUUCAAAAUGGAAAAAAUAAUCUCUUUGUAUCUCAUACUUACAUUCACAGAAUUGUUUCUGUGUUUAGUGUUGUCCGAAAGGAUUAAUUACAGUUCAAGACAGACUCAGAGAAUCACAAAUACGGAGAUAAGGUUGGAUUCAGUUGCACGUGAUAUCGCAGUUUUCAGACUUGAUAUCCUUCAAAUUUGGGAACAUCUUGAUCAGCUGAACAUAUCUUGUUUAAAAAAUUGUGAUUCGUCAAGUUUGCCUACGGUAGAAAUAAACAAGAGUGAAUUGUCGGCAAAAACUGAUCAUGAGAUGAGACUAUAUUCUGCAUUUAAACUAGAAAAGAAAGCAGUUCGCAAUAUUUUACAUAAAAUUGACAACAAUGUAACUAAUUUUCAAGAGCAAAUAUUAGCAGAAAUGAGAGCGCUUCAAGAAAGCCACGCCAGUGUUAAGACUAAGUUGAAUGAUAAGGUGCCUAAAAUUGAAAAAUCCUCCGAGGGCUUGAAGUCUUUGGAUAAAUACACCAAGUCAGUGUUGAUUAAACAAGAAGCAAGAAUUGAGUCAUUGGAGAAAGAAAUGAAUAGAUACAAAACUGCUUUUGAAACUACAAAAGAGGAAUUGACUUCUGUGAAGUUUACAUUAAUGGAAUUGGAGGAGUUUAAAGAGAAAGUUCUUAACAACCUGUAUAAACUAUCAGAUUGUCCAUCAAAAUGGCAUAAAUUCUCUGGAUCAUGUUACUACUUCAGUACAUCGACUUCAAAUUGGACUGAAGCCAACACAAACUGCAGAAAAGAAGGUGCACAUCUAGUUGAGUAUGACAGAAUCGAUGAAGUGGAAUUUGUUCUGGGUUUAGUCCUCUCUGUUGAAAAAGCUUGGAGUGAAUCUAAGUAUGCAGGAUUUUGGGCAGGAGGGUCCGACAUUGACAAAGAAGGUGAUUGGAUAUGGAGUGGCUCAGGUAAAAAAGUAGAUACAGGUUUUGUAAACUGGUACAGACCACAACCAGAUGAUUACAGAGGGAAGGAAGACUGUAUGAUGAGUUGUAUUAAACUGCAAGGACAGUGGAAUGAUGGUUGGUGCCCAUCAAAACAGAGAUAUGUUUGUGAAAAAACACUACUGGUGUAAUUUUAAACCUCUGUAUUCAAUAAUUGUUGCAUUUAUUGCUUUUGUAUUAAUCGGAUAUAAAUUGUAAAGGAAAAAUUA